UUCUUUCAAAUUAUUUUCGGCAUAAAGCUAUUUCAUUGCUAUAAAUUACUUAGCUCAAUAUUGAUAGCAAAAUUCAGUAGAUUCGGAAUAUCGGCAUUUUUCAUAAAAAUAUCAAGGCAGAUUUUUUCUUCUUUGAUAAAUUAGCACAAUUAUGCAAAUUUAAAUACAAGUUAACAAUUUGGAAAUAUUGAAUCUCGUCUGAAUAAUUGGUUUAUAAAAAUGGCAUCACCAUCUGGAGCUGGUGGCACCGGGAGUGACUGUGAGGGAGAAGAACAGGAGGACCCUUCCUCAUCCUCCCAUCCGCAGGAAGUUGCGGAAGUGACAGAAGCUCUUCAGAAAUUGAAUGUACAGGAGAGCUUGCCGAAUAAUAAUGACGUGGAUGAGCUGUCAGCAUUCAGGCAGCAGUGGCAGAGGGAGCUGGAGGCCACGCCCACAAGACAGAAGCCUUCCAAGCCCAAGGAGGAGGCUCCAGAGCCAGUCACAGAUGAGGAGAAGGCCAAGCAGUUGUUCCUUUGUGGCGUGGAGCUGGAACGUGGCGGCAAAUUGUAUGAGGCCAUUCAGCACUACAAACGUGCCAUGCAGAUACUGCCCGACGUCGAGACACGGCUCUACGAGAGCUCUGAGAUCAGACCGGACACGCCUGAAGAGGAAUCGGAGCCGGAGUACGAGCCGCGCGAGGAGAACCUGCACCCCAGUGACGAUGAAGACGCGGUGGAGGGCGAGGACUUGCUGGAGCGGCUGCAGCGCAUCCUCGCCAAGCGGGGCGUGCUGUGUGAACCACAAGUGCCUACUGAUGGUGCUCACAUAUCGUGGCUGCCGUACGAGGUGCUGCUGGUGGUGGCGCGGUGGGUGGUGAGCGCGGAGCUGGACGCGGCGGCGCUGGAGCGCAUGGCGGGCGUGUGCCGCGGCCUGUACGUGCUGGCGCGGGAGCCCGACAUAUGGCGCUCGCUCUGUGUCAGGACGUGGGGCAUCGACUGCGGCACGCCGCGUGCGGGCGGGUUCGGCUCGUGGCGGCAGAUGUUCGUGGAGCGUCCGCGCCUGCGCCUCAACGGCUGCUACAUCAGUAAGACCACGUACCUGCGCCACGGCGAGAACUCCUUCCAGGACCAGUUCUACAGGCCCUGGUACCUUAUCGACUACUAUCGCUACCUCAGGUUCUUCCCCGAGGGCAUGGUGUUGAUGUGGACGACUGCGGAGGAGCCCGGCGCGUCCGUGGCGCAUCUGCGGCAUCGGCAGGUGAAGCCCGGCCUCGGCAUCAUGUCGGGACACUACAGGCUUAUUGGGGAUAAGGUAGUGAUAGUGAUCAAGAAGUCAAACAGCGAGAAGAAGUCGUCGCAGCCGUCCACCACGCGGUUCCGCGCGCGACGCAAGGAGCCCGACCAGCCCGACCAGACCUUCCAUUUGGAGCUGGAGCUGCGCAGUUCGCGGUGCCGCCGCAACUGGUCGCUGCAGUGGGAGCGCUACGCCGUGAGCUCGCGCCGCGACCACUGGACCACGUUCGACCUGUCGCCCGCCAAGUUCCCGCCCUUCGCCUUCAGCCGCGUGCGCAGCUACACCGCCGAGACCAGCGCGCCGCUGCUGCCCACGCACGCGUACACUUAGGAUCACGAAGUGCUGGCAAUUGAAUUGUCCAGCCAAACACGUGUCGACGACAUCGCCGCUCAGCAUAUUGGCGAGCUUGAGGGAUGAACGCGAAAUACAUGCAAAUGGAGGGUAUCUAACGUAUCGGGGAACUACCAACAUCUGUUGAUAUUUUUUUCUAAGUUAUAAAGGGCUUAUCAAUCACUUAAAGUCUACUAAUUAUAUUCAUUAUUGGGAUGGGAUUUCAAUUAAAAUAUUUGAAGUAAGGAAGAAUGUGAAAUAACAGCGAAUAUAACACUAAUAAUGUUUUUAGUAACUAAUUUCUGCUCGUGAUUACGUCCGUGUGUACAAAAAAAGGCCACUAUAUAUUUUUUAGUAUAAAAGUAGCCUAUGUCCUCAUGUGUCAAACAAUAGAAAAAUAGUAGUAGAAAUUGGUUCACGGGUUCAGUCGUGAAAACAUAACAGACAGAGUAAUUUCACAUUUACAAUAUAAAUAUGGAUUGAUUUAUUUUACUCUAAUCCUUUCAACUGUAAGCUCAUAUAGUAAAACGUUGGAUAAAAGCACGUUCUGGCCAUCCUGAGCCGAAGCCGUGAUUUUUUAGAGGUUCGCUCUCAACAUGGCCACUUAAGGGCUCGCAGUGCCUAAAGCACUCACCCGCAAGACCGGUGUGUUUGUAUAAGCCGGUCCUGCUAGGCUAACAAACGUAAGUCAAGUAAAAAAAAAACGCACAUUGUCAAGUUAUUAGUGCCUGUUGGAACAGUACAUAUGGGUUUACUUUGGCUCCGAAGCGACGGGUACUAUGUAUAUUAGUACAAGUGCAAAAACACAACUUUACAGGAGCGACUUCAACAUUCUAAAUAUUGUAAAUUUGUCAUAGAUCAACAGAAAUCUUUGAAAUUUUGAAAUACUGAUCUCGAGGUAUAACAUUUCAAAAUUUGAAAGAUUUCUUAAAGUUGUGUUUAUGAACUUUAAUAUAUCUAGGACCCGUCGAAAAGAUGUUGGUAAUUUCCCAAA